AUGGAUAUUGACUUCAUCAAGUCUGCUUCAGAUAAUGAUCAGAUGGAAAUGAUGCUGAUGCAGAUGGACAAACUCUCCGAAUUCUCCGGCCCCUAUGCCGAUAUCAAUGAUAUGUCGUUGAUGGAAUACGGGGCUCAUAAUGGAACUAACAUUGGUUCCAUCCCACAGGUUGUUGAUGAUAAUUCCGCUUCAUCAUUCGUGAACCUGCCUAGUAAUAUAUCGUUUUCAGGCUUGGGCUCCCCGACUAUUCAUCAAGAUCCAUCGACUAUGCCAUUCUUACCUAAUUCAAGUGGCGGGAGAUGGAAAACUGUGGGUGAUGAAUUUGCAGGGAGGGCAGUACAGAAGCGAAAUUCAAUGGCUGCAAUGAGGGAGAUGAUUUUUCGAAUUGCAGCAAUGCAGCCAAUCCACAUUGACCCUGAAUCAGUGAAACCACCAAAGAGAAGAAAUGUUAAGAUAUCAACAGAUCCUCAAAGCGUAGCUGCGCGCCAUCGAAGAGAAAGGAUAAGUGAAAAAAUAAGAAUACUUCAGAGACUUGUUCCUGGUGGAAGCAAAAUGGACACUGCUUCCAUGCCAACCGGGACAGGGUUCCCAGUACCCAUGUCUAGUGGGAGCUAUUUCCCUGUGGCAUCAAAAAGUUACCAAUCUCCAUCUCAAAAUCUCCAGCAUUUUGCAGAUGCUUGA